GACACAGUGAGACAGAGAGUGAGAGGGACUAGGACAGACAAGACACUAUGUUGGCCGUGUGGCUUCUGUUCCUGAGCCUCUCCCAGUACCUGAGCGGUGGGGGUGCUGCCCGGAGAGGCAACUGCCUGAGCGCCAUGCAGCCGGGGAAGCCAGACUUCGUGCUGGACACGGAUGACUCCGUGAAAGCGGGGGCCACCUUCCUGCAAUCCCCCAACGUGAGCCGUGUGCGGGACUGCGUGCGAGCCUGCUGCAGCCAUCAGAGCUGCAACCUGGCGCUGGUGGAGGAUGAGCCAAAGCACCAACAAGGAGACGUGAUGCUGCGCUACAUCAGGAGGUGCUUCCUCUUCGAUUGCCUCUACAACCAGGCCUACGUCUGCAGGUUCUUCAGGAGAGACGGCUACAGGAACUUCAUCCUGGAUACGGUCUACGAGUCCUACAUGAAGCCCGUAGAAAGCAAUCAAGUUGACAGAAAACCGAUAGCGAAACCCGGCUACGACCGCACUGUACAGCCCGAUGAGAAUGUGGUCCUGAGUGGAUUGGAAAGCAGGGAUGACCAUGACAUUAUCAAAUAUGACUGGAUCCUCGUUGAAGGAGACCCCAGUGUUGGCAAACAGGGCACGAAAAAUCCAGACGAGAUCGAGGUGACAAACCUGAAAGUUGGGCUGUACGUCUUCCAGCUGACAGUCACGGACAGCAUCGGCCAGAAUACAUCAGCCAACAUAAGCAUCACCGUCCUCUCGCCUGCGCAGUCACUAGAGCACUGCAUGGCGGAUGUGAAAGUGGGUCUGUGUCGAGGAGCCUUCCCGCGCUGGGCUUACAAUGGGAAACGUGGGGUCUGUGAGAAAUUCACCUACGGCGGCUGCAAAGGCAACCAAAACAACUAUGUGACUGAGAAAGAGUGCUGGCAGGCCUGCAAUGGAGUCGGAGUUGAGAAGAAGCCUACUGGCAGGGCGGGACUUCCACAUUGCACGGGUGCCUGCUCAAGCCAGCAGUUCAAGUGUUCUGAUGGCUGUUGCAUCGAUGCCAGUCUGGAGUGUGAUAAAGUAGAUCAUUGCAAUGAUCAUUCUGACGAGACCUCCUGCCAGCAACUUGUAGAUCGAUUCGGAGACCUGCUAAAAAUUGACGUCUCCAAAGAGAAAGUUCGCUGUGUGGAGCCCCCCAUGACUGGCUCCUGCCGCGCCCACUUCAUCCGUUUUUACUACAACCCCUACCAGAGGAAGUGUGAACGCUUCACGUAUGGAGGCUGCAAUCCCAACGGCAACAAUUUUCAGGAUGAACACGAUUGCAUGCUGAUGUGCAGAGGAGUGACGGAGAAAGACGUGUUUUCACGAGGACUAUUUGAAAGGCAGGGGCAAAAGGAAUCCAAUGCUGGCGUUGCCAUUUUGAUAGUGCUGGCGAUCUGCAUCCUGGUGGUCCUGGCUGUCCUUGGCUAUUACCUGAUGAAGAUGAGGAAGAAGAGGAAUCUGCGAAGGCAGCAGCCGAGUGCCGCCAGCUCCACGGGUUCCACCGCGGAUGACACAAAGAAGCUGAUGGCCAUGGACGCAAAGCCAGUCUGAUUCCUGGUGACCAGGAAUUCUCAUUGACUAGCACCAUUGGACUGGGGGUUUGGGUGGGGGGGGAG